AUGGUGCAGCCGCUUGUGAAGCCGAAGAUCGUGAAGAAGAAGACGAACAAGUUCUGGCGGCCCCAAUCCGACAGGAAAAAAUGCGUGCCCGAGAGCUGGCGGAGGCCCAAGGGUAUUGACUCGCGCGUUCGGCGCAAGUUCAAGGGCACGCCGCUGAUGCCCAACAUCGGUUACGGCAGCAACAAGAAGACCCGGCACAUGCUGCGCAGCGGAUUCCAGGUGUUCCGCGUGCAUAACGAGAGGGACGUGGAGCUCCUGCUGAUGCACAACAGGAAGUACGUGGCUCAGAUCGCCUCUGCCGUGUCAACGCGCAAGCGCAAGGCCAUUGUGGAGAGGGCGCAGCAGCUGGAUGUGAAGGUGAUCAACGGCAACGCUCGCCUGCGCAGUACUGAGGACGAAUAG